AACAUUUUCUUGGUAUGUUCAGUUAGUGUGUCAGUGCCAGUGGUCUGUAUGUUCAGUUCUGAUACUUCAAGAGCAUAACAGAGCACGCAUAACUACCGAAGAAACUGCUCUUACAACUUUCAAUUUCAACUAAUCCAUCGAGUUAGUUAGAUAUCAAGUAUUCGAAAAUACGCAGUGCUGGGAUUAGUGGUUUCACAUUCGCGUUUUUGGUGAUAAGCUGCUGAUAAUACUCACAAUCUACCGCUGGGGGUUUGAAUGGAUUGCGCAAAAUAUCAGUACAAAUCGAUUAUGGAUCACUGAUGGUACAAACUACUAGACUGUUUGCAUCGUAACGCAUUAGAUUUUCCUUUCUAAUUACUGCCUCUGCUGCAGUCACCGUACAAUUCAAUCAGCCAGCCGCACAAUGCAGGUACUGAGCAAACUUACGUCGGUCCCGGUGACCUGCAAGGAGUACGUCCAUCCAUGGACGGACUCUUGUAGCAUAGCUUCCGCCGAGUUCAUGAUCGUAGCCGUGCAGGAUAGUUUCCGAAUCUAUACGGCGGUAUACAUGCUCUCUAUGGCAAUGCGUGGCCGGAUCCCCAGCUUCGAGGAAUUGAAACGCACCAUCCGUGGUCUGCUGCAGUCGACUGCCUUCCUGACGAUGUCGGCUUUCAGUUAUUCCAUUUUUUUGUGUGCCGUUCGUCGGCUUGCCGGGUCGUUUAACUUCUACACGGCAUCGUACAUACCGGCCUACAUGGCAGCUUUGUGUUCUAUUCUAGUGGAACGUCCAUCUAGGCGAGGGUUACUCUGUCUGUACGUAUCCAACGUGGCUACCGAAACUGGAUGGAACAUACUGAAAUCGCGAGGCUUGGUGCGGUCCAUUCCCAAUGGAGAGAUUUUGAUCUUUGGACUGUCGACGUCUAUCCUGCUGUACUAUCAUCGGUUGAAUCGACAGAAAGACUACAGCGAUUCCAUGUUCGACGUGUUUCGAUUUGCACUAGGGGACAGUGAAGUCAUGAAAACCGAGGAAACUGGUGAAAUCAGACGGGAGAUCCGAUCCAAAGAACGUUCCAGCAAACUAAUACUACCGUACAGUUUUAUCCAAGCGGUGCUGAAAACGUAUUUAAAUGUGAUAUCGAAAAUCAAGACACUUGGAAAGCAUACACUUUGUCGGCACAAACACAGCUGUAUCUACAAUACACUCUCUGGAGGCACGCGGAUGUUUUCCAUCGGUCUAGGGAUUCAGGUGAUAAUGAAGGUUCUAUUCCAGGCUCGGCGGGUCUUCCGACGACCCGAACUGCUUAGACGCACAUUUUUCCGAAAGGAUAUUUUGAAACUGGGCAUGUUUUUGGGUGGCUUCACAUCCCUGUACAAGCUGUCUUCCUGCCUUUUACGACACAUAACCAAUAGUGAUAGAGCGGAAUAUGCUAUUCCUAGUGGAUUGAUUGCGAGUUUGGCAUUUGCUUUUUAUAACGAUACCACCAUCGCGUUGUACAUUAUGUGGAAAAUGCUCCAAAUGACCUACAACUGGGGAAUUGAAAAGGGUUACGUACCAAAAGUUCCAGGUUUCACACUACUCUUGUACUCCGCCAGUACGGCACUCCUGUUCCAUGCAGCUACGCUAGAACCGAUGCAGCUGCGGCCGAGUUAUUGGAAAUUUUUGUACUCCAUUUCUGGCGGAAGGAUAAUGGUUAUGGAUCGAAGCGGAUUUGAUGUCUACGGUAUUGGCACCAGUAGACAGAUUAGUGAAGUGAGCAAACUGUGCAAUACUCCUCCGGUGUUGAAAUUUCAAAUUUCAAAGUAGUUAAACUGGUUAAACUGUGGAACCAUUGGCCUUAGGUUAACGUGGGAAGAGGUUGUGUCGUAUGGCGGCUGCCGUAGAAUUCGAUUUGUCUGAACAGCGUGCUGCGCCGCACAAUUAUCUAGGUUAACUGCACAAAACUGUAAAAAAGCGCAUUCGAGGGCGUUUUGCUAAAGAUUGUUAGUUUUUGCUUGGAUGAAAAAAAAUGUAAUGCAUAAUGCAAAAAAAAGGAUGUUUAGUUUUGAAGGGGUUUUCUAGCAUGUAUAUCAAUUGAAUUGUAUAGAUUUGUACAUUUUAGAUUUUUUAAUUUGCAAAUACACAACUGGU